AUGAAAUUUGGGAAAGAAUUCGAAGCACAAAUGGUGCCCGAAUGGCAGCAGGCUUACAUGGACUACCGCCUCCUCAAAAACCUCCUCAAAGAAAUCAAAAUGUCCCGGCAGAGGACCCGGCCCGGCCCGAAACGCAGCCUCACCCUCUACCGGGCCUUCAGCGGCCUAACCCAACGGGCCAACAACAACAGCAACAACAACAACGGUGGCACAACAGCCGAUGUGGAAAGCCAAGUGAUCGUGGUGAACAACGUUAACGAGCGGUCGGAGACCAUGUUCCUGAUGGCGGCGGACGAGGGCGGCGAGCAGGAGCUCGUCUUCUUCAAAAAUCUGGACUCCGAGUUCAACAAGGCGGCGGGCUUCUACCGGGCCAAAACAGAGGAGGUGGUCGAGGAGGCCCGCGGGCUCAACAGGCAGAUGGAGGCUCUCGUCGCGUUCCGGGUCAAGGUCGAGAGCCCAGCGGGUUGGGCUCACAGUGGGCUGGAGGAGGAGAGCAGCAGGCUGGCAUGCCACGUGGCGGCUUCCAGGGCUGCCCUGGCUUCUACUACUCCACUGGCUGCUGUUAGAAGUAGCAGAAGAAUUCGAAUGGAUUUUAUAGACGAAGAUAUUUCAACCAAUGAGGGGCAAUUAGAAGAAAAACCGGGUGAUUUUGAAAUGAAACUAGAAAAUUCGGAAAAUCGAGAAAACGAGCAAAAUGAAUUUAUUGGGGCAGCUCAUGUGAAGAUACUCGAGCAUGUGAAGUUCAACACUUCUAAAGAAACACCUCGUUCGACAAUCAAAGGCUUUCUCAAUCUUCCCGACCAAACAAAACUUAAGUUCCGUAAGGAUAAUUUGAGGAAAGCAGAGGAGCAACUUAAGAAGGCGCUUGUCGAAUUCUACCACAAGCUGAGGCUUUUGAAAAGCUACAGUUUCCUCAAUAUUCUGGCAUUCUCGAAAAUCUUGAAAAAGUACGAUAAGAUUGCUUCAAGAAGUGCAUCAAAACCGUACAUGAAAAUGGUGGAUAAUUCAUAUCUCGGCAGCUCGGAUGAGGUCAGCAAAUUGAUGGAAAGAGUAGAGGCAACCUUCAUCAAGCACUUUUCAAACUCGAACCGUAGUAAAGGGAUGAAUAUUUUGAGGCCGACAAAGAAGAGGGAAAAGCACAGAAUUACGUUCUGUACUGGUUUUCUUGUUGGCUGCUCCAUUGCACUUAUAGUGGCAUUAGUUUUGAUUAUUCGCGCACGUAAAAUCCUAAACAGUGAAGGGAGAGUAUUGUACAUGGAAACUAUGUUUCCUCUUUACAGCUUGUUCGGGUUCAUCGUUCUGCACAUGAUGAUGUAUGCUGCAAACAUAUACUUUUGGAGGAGGUAUCGAGUUAAUUACACCUUCAUAUUCGGUUUUAAAGAAGGAACUGAACUUGGCUACCAAGAGAUUUUGCUUCUCGGUUUUGGGUUAAGUGUGCUGGCUUUAGCCGGUGUGCUAGCAAAUCUUGAUAUGGAAAUGGAUCCCGUUACUCAGGACUAUAGAGGCUUAACCGAGCUCGUUCCUCUCGGAUUAGUACUGCUUGUGAUUCUGAUUAUGCUGUGCCCUCUAAAUAUUUUAUACCGUUCGAGUCGCUUCUUCUUACUCGUCUGCUUGUUCCAUUGUGUCUUAGCUCCUCUUUAUAAGGUAUCAUUACCAGACUUCUUCUUAGCAGAUCAGCUUACAAGCCAGGUUCAAGCUCUGAGGAGUUUAGAGUUUUACAUUUGCUACUAUGGUUGGGGUGAUUACAAAAUGAGGGAGAACAGUUGUCGAGAGAGCGAUUUUUUCAAGACUUUCUCAUACAUUGUGGCCGCAAUACCGUACUAUUGGCGACUCCUUCAGUGUGUGAGACGGGCAUUGGAAGAGAAAGACCCGAGGCAUGGGUACAACGGGUUCAAGUACUUAUCGACCAUAGUUGCAGUUAGCACACGAACAGCCUAUACUCUCAACAGGAGCCUCGCUUGGAGGCUAACGGCUUUGAUAACAUCGAUUUUCGCAACAGUCCUUAGCACGUAUUGGGACAUUGUUAUCGACUGGGGGCUUUUCCAAUGGCACUCCAAAAACCGGUUGUUGAGAGACAAACUGCUUAUCCCGCACAAAAUUGUUUACUUUGUGGCCAUGGUUCUGAAUGUGAUAUUGAGACUUGCAUGGAUGCAAACCGUGAUGAAUGUUACCGUUUUUUCACUUCACAGACAGACGAUGAUCACGAUUGUGGCUUCUCUUGAGAUCAUUCGUCGUGGUAUAUGGAACUUCUUCAGACUGGAGAAUGAACACCUUAACAAUGUCGGCAAAUAUCGAGCUUUCAAGUCGGUGCCAUUGCCUUUCAACUAUGAUGAAGACGAGGACAAAGAUGACUAG